AUUUUUUUGCAUUUUUCGCUGGUGAUUUUUCCUCUCUUUUUCUUACACGUUUCUUGGCUUGACUGUCAAAUGAAAUGAAUAUAAAAAAUAUUUUUGGUUCAAAACAAUAAAACAAGUUUUAGAAUGGCACUCUUCAGAAUAACUAAACUAGGAGGAUUGAAUUCCUCAUUCUCCAGUGGUUUUAGGCCAUUCAGCUUAACGGCGACCUGCAACCUUAAAGAAAUCAAACAAACCGUUCAAAAUGACCGGCUCGUAAUUAGUGCAGAUUAUGUUCCAUCACCCAGAACUAACCAAGUGCUUCAGCAAGUAACCGAAGCUAAAUUAAGCGGAAAACAAUUCUGUCCAAAGUGUACACUGGGUCUUGAAGUAAAACAUACCGAUGUUUUGAUUUUGAGCCAGUUUCUUCGAAGCGAUGGCUGCAUGUUACCACGACGGGUUACUGGGUUAUGUAAGCGCCAACAGCGUCGGAUAGGAGCGCUUGUAAUCAUGGCUCAAAAAGCGGGUCUAAUGCCAAACAUUAACCCAGCCUGGAGUAAGCGGGAUCCUAAACAACGGUACCAAUGGAAGAAGUAUAACAAAUACUUUGACGAGAGUACUAUUAAAUGUUAAAACCAAAUUUAUUUGAAAUAUAUAGAUUCAAUACUGGAA